CCUAACGUUUGAUGUGAUCGUAUGCCGAUUCCACGUUGGUCGCGAUUGGGAAAAUAAGAGGACGGACGGGGCCGAGGACGGAGGAGGUACCCAAUUUCAUCGAUCUUGUCCAUUAUUCGCCGCCGUCUUCGGUCAUCGAUCUUGUCCAUUAUUCGCCGCCGUCUCCGGUUAUUGCUUCCGCCGCCAGUUCUUCCUGGCCGCCUGUCAUCGUUUAUCACCACCGCUACUUGUUCAAUUCCCAAUGCCAUUGGCAUCACUCCUCUCGCAAUUGAAUCUAAGGGAAAUCGAACUUCCCCUGAGAGAGAAGUGAACCAGAACCGCAAUUUCAGGUAGAGCGAGAGGGAGAGCCCCAGUCGCCGCCGCCCGUCUCCGCUUCCGGUUGUACGCUGAGCCCUCAGUCGCCGCUUCUGUCUCUGUUGCUGUAUAAUCACUUUUAGGUAUAUGGCUCCGCUUUUAUUCUAAACGAGCUAGCCCAUAGCUGUAGUUGUCGCAUCUGUGAUUAUACCCCGUGGUUAAUGGUUCAACAAUUAACAGUAAGAUAGGUGCGAAAUGAUUUGGAAGCAGAGAAGCUCUUUCAUUGAGUAUUAGAAACUCCUGUAGGGUGAAUAGGUGAUUAUCGUCUUGGUAUUGGGGGGACCAUUUCGUCAUUGCCGUCUAUCAGGGGACUGCAGCAAGCCAGUAGCUCUUGGUUUUAGCUAGAGACAUGCUUAGCUGUUCUUUGAUUUGAUUUUCACUUGCUCGUUUCUGUAGCUGAGCAGAAUAUAUUGCAACUGCGUUGAAUAGAAUAUGUAAAGGGCUUCGGGUUCGGUUCUGCUUGUAUUGACCUUGAAUAAGUGCUUGUCAGGUAGCUUGUUCUUGCUUCAGCUGGUGAAAUGUUGCAAUGGUGAGCUGUGAUUGUCCCAAGUAUGUUUGGCCUAUACUGACAAGAGAAGAGUCUUGACUUCUUAGCAAGAUGCUUUAAUUGACAUAUCGACAGCAGUGUGCGAGCAUAUAUGUUUUUUUUUUCUUCCUUUCUGCGUGAUGUCAGAAUGACGUUCUUGACUGAGUAUUUCUGAAAGGAUGUCUGGAAUGAUUAUAAAAAAAGGAUGUCUGGAAUGAUGGUUUUGAUUUCUGUCUUCAGGUUCAUCUGUAGGAAGACUUGGGAGAUCGUUAGUUGGAAUGGCAACUAGACGUCAUGUUCAUUAUAGUCCUCUUGCUACCGAUGAAGAUGAUGAGUAUAAUGGUAUGAGACAUGACCGUCGGUUUGAUUAUACUCCUGGGGCUUUUGAUAGAAUACCAUGGAAGUCUAUCGUGCUUGCAAUUUUCUUGCUCUUUAUUGGAUCACUUCUUCUUUUUCUCUCUUUCUUCAUUUUGACUGGCCACAUGGGAGGAGAGAAGUCACAAGCGUAUGGCCUCUUAGCCCUGGGAAUCCUAACCUUCUUACCAGGUAUGAUCAACAAUCUGUAUUGACAACCGAGAAUAUGUUUAUGCUGUCACCCUUAGUGCUAGGGUUGCAAAAUAUUUACUGUUGUCCAGGAAGUAGUAUUUCUUCUUAACCAAUUUCAAUGAACUACUGCAAAAAGAUCGAAGUCAGGAGGUUUCUUUUCAUUCUUUUCCCCUAAUAUGUUUUGCACUUUAGUUUUCAUUUAUUUCACAUUUAAGUUGAAUGGUGAGAGCCUGCAUUGUCUAUAUAAUAUACCAACACAAAAUAGUAGUUACUAGAACGGAAUAUCUGCCUACGUUGAAGAUGCUGACGAUGCAUCACAAUUGUGGAUUGUUUAGGUCGCCCUUGCUCUUUAUAGUGGGACACAAAUCAAUACAAACUUACCUUGAUUUAACACAUCUUCGGUGAUUAUUCUUAAGCACAUUCAUAAUGGAAAUGUUCGAAUUUUGAUGACAAUCCACCUUGGUAACUGCUUAUCUGUUUUCUGUAUUUUCCUUCUCGUCAUUCUUUCUAUUGGCUGCUAAUGCAAUUUGAUCCCCAAAGUUUUUUAAGUUUUUAUUCCUUUGUAUGGACCACAGGGUCGAAGUCAGACUGUAUACAUGCUUCAUUUUAUCUAUUGGUAGUAAUAGCUACAGUUAUGAAGAAUUUAACACAUCAACUACUACUAGGUUUCUUUAAUGGUCUGGAGCACUUCACCUUGUUUGCUGUUCUGUUUUCCUGUCACUGUCGAGACUAGCUAAUUUACCUUUGAAGUUGGUUUCAUAAGUAUUGUUUUAAUUUCCAGUAAUGGUUCUCUUAACAUUUGAUGAUCUAAUGAAUGGAAUUCUACUCGGAUGAGUUAAACUCAAGUCAAAGUCCCAUGCAGUGACGGACGCAGAGCUUUUAUUUAGCGGAGCGAAAGUUGCAACUGGAAUUUUACUGUAAACCUCAACAAGAAUUUACUGUUAACCUCAACUGGAAUUUCCUCCUUAAGCGAAGUGCAGCUGUGUUAGAUUCAAAAACUUUCUAUGAUUGAGAGUUCUUUUGUACCUUUCGGCCAAAUCUUUGCUUUUGGACUCUGUUUGACUCUUAAUCUCUUGCCUUAUUCACUGAACUUUUAUGCUUACAAUCCCUUGUGGUUUUGAACUUCUGCUUAUUGUCGUAGGUUUUUAUGAAACUCGGAUAGCAUAUUACUCGUGGCGUGGUGCUAAUGGCUAUCGAUUUGCCGCCAUACCGGAUUAUUAGUCUAUUCCUGCAUCUGCCGUACUUCUGGAGGGAUACGUCGCUGGCCGUGUUGUCAACUAUAUUAUCUUGUAUAGAAUCUGGCUUUGCACUUAUAGAUCUGGGCAUUCAUUUUCAGCAUGGAAGUCUUUGUAUUUCUUGUGUUGUGAGGUCGAUAAUUUGGCAAGAGUUCCGGUCUCUUUUUAGGAGAAGAUUUUGCCUUCUACAUUGUCAGAAUUGUUUAAUAUAUUAUAUUAAAAUUU